AUGAUUAGUCCUUCUAACAUCGCUAUUGGAUUUCCUUAUAUAGAAAUUGUGACCGAUGUGGCACCAUACCUUGGUGUGCUUGCUGCAUUAGAUGGAUACAGCGCUCAGCAAGACCCAGACCAAUAUCACAUUCAAACUGAUGAAGAUGAUGAAAGGUACUUUGUGUAUCAGACCCACAAUGGCCAGUACCGAAAAGAAAGGAGACUAAAAGAUGGAUCCGUAGUCGGAACAACUGGCUGGGUAGGAGCGGAUGGAUACCUACGACUCCAGGAUUACAUCGCUGACGGUAAAGGCUAUAGAAUCCACAAGUCCAAAACUGUUUAUGUUGGAGUGAACCGACCAAUUAGUGAGUCAAUACAAAUAGCAAAAACAGCUCCAACCGAUCCUGGAUAUGGAGUAACACCGGCGCCCGCACGACCUAUCCAAAGAUAUCGUGGAACUCCAAGAAUAACAUCAACUACUCAAGCCCCAUCUCUAUCAUCAACAACCGAUGAUGUAUACAACUAUCGCUCUAAACCUAACUCCUUGUCAGUAUCAAUAACUCCUAAACCUUACUUACCCCCUACUGCGAGCCCUGAAGUAUACGUUACACCAAACUCCAUUGAUUCUUCAACUAAAACCUACGAAUUCAGACCUACAGUAACCCCAAUUACAGCGAGUGAGGCUGCUCCAACAUCUAGUCCUUACAACUUUGAUUUAUCGAACACCAAUAAUCUUGACGACGGGUACUACACCGACGACAGUAAACGCUAUGACGUCUACAAUCCUAACCUAUACAGGCAUGCUGAUCAAUGGAUGUCAAGAUCACGGCAGCAGUCGAAUCAACCUGGCAUAAGAGUCGGUGAUGGAUACACACCGCAGUUUCCAGCGUACGACGGUGUUUCCAUCACACGAAACGGUUUCCGAUAUUAUCUACCUAAGCAAUAUCACGAAGAAGAAUCUAGCAGUUCUCAAGAAAGAACUGGUAGUUUCGGAUAUAUAGAUCCAUUUGGUAUUCGUAGAGUAAUUUACUACAAUACAGCGCCUGGCCAAGGUUUCCAAAUACGCAAAAACAAUAGAAACAUGCUAACAUUGGCACUUUGCCUGUUCUUAGCAACGCAAACCUUUGGGCGUACACAUCAUCACCAUCGCAAUAAUGUUCAAUUAUCUCUAGAAAGUAAAUCUUUUCCAUCCUCAAAAGACUCUACUGGAUUUUCGGAUAACAUCACUGAUGCAGAUUGGGUUAUACCUGAUGUAAAGUACCUUCAUGAUGUGGAAGAAAUUUUAAAGGUUCAACCUGAUAAUAUUGAACACAGGAACACAGAUGACAGUAAAACUAUGAAUACAACUACGACACCAUCUAUAAAUAUGGCAAUCACUACGUCCAAACCUAUGAUUGACGAUGAAAUAAGAAGUGGUGAAACGCCUUUAAAGGUUCAGGGAGUAAUUAAUGCACCGAUUAUUAUAGUACAAACUCCACAUCAACGUCGUCGUCAUCAGGGUUUUAAACAAACGAACACCCCUAAAGCGUUAACCUCUAGUUUAAUAAGGAAUGUCCUGCCUCCUAUACGUCAUCAACAUUCAAAACCUGGAUUGGACAAAUGGGAUUAUGACUCUAUGCGGCCUGAUUACGAAAUUUUAAAUGAAGAUUUUAUUAUUGAAGAUACUGAUACAGAGCUCAAACCGACUCUAGUCCAUCCAACGAUGUUUCAUAUACAAAAUUCACCUCGUGAGCAUAAUAUACGUCAGUAUGUGAAGAGACCCCCCCCACCGGUUCCUUCAUUAUUAUCAUGGUAUGACUGUUUCAGAAAAUAA